ACUCAACAUCGCGGAUUCAGUGAUGGAAAAGAACACACAUUCAGAAAGCCAUGAGGCUUCUAAGAUUACUGGGAUAGAUAAGAUUGAAGCAAAGUUACAGGAAAAGUUCAAAGCAGAGAAUAAAGACUAUGAUGCAAGGGUGGAGUUCAACAUCCCCAAAUUUUGCAACUUCUCAGAUGAUCCAGAUCAUCAAAGGUUUGACAAAGAGGAUAAAGAUAUAUACAACUGGUUCUUCUCAGCGAAUGAUAAUGACAUCAGGCUCAGCUCAAUUGAAGAAUUCAAUAAAGUUAAACUAGCUAAUGAAAUCAUGAUAAAGAAAGAGCCCAAUAAAAUCAGAAGAAGAACCCCAAUGUUUCUCAGAAAAGAUCGCAUAGAGCAGGCUUACAAAUAAACGCAUUGGAAGAUUUAAGAAGAAAAGUCAAGAGCCUAAGAUCACUACCAAAAAGGUACAGCUAGAUAUUAAGAAAAAGCAACUCAUUAAAGAAGUCAAAGAAAGCGAACCCCAAAGAGAUUUUACUAGCUUCGGAUCAAAAAUGAGAACCACCCCUUCAACCUCAAAAAGGUCUUCAAAUGAUGUUAAGCAGGCAGAUUCUACCAAGUCUCCAGACAAAAUUAAAGAGAAAGCUUCAUGAUCACUUAAGGUGACUCCUGACUCAAAAGCACACAAAGCUUCUGAGUGAACUAGCAAAACUCAGAAGAAAACAAAGAGAAGAAACAGGACUAAACUGAGCAACCUCAGUUGUUCGAACAUGAAGACUGUCUCCGUGAGCCUUACUCUCUCUCAAAUGUCAAAGAUAGGAUGUAAAGAAUCAGAAAAUAAACCAAAGACUUCUAAACCAGACCAAGCGAAGGAGAGAUGCCCUACUGCUCGUAGUAUACUCAAGAAUUCAGAAAGAUACCUGAAUUUUUCCAAAUACAUCACUAAUGGCUCAAAUAAGGUCUGCUCUCCAAUUCUAUCAAAAGAGAAGCAAAAACCUUCAAAAACUCCUAGAAAUAAGUCCGGACACAAGACCGUUUUCAUGUAUGAACCUACUGUACAGAAAAAGUUGAUUAAAACAAGAUUCAAAGACAACCUAAAGAAGGCUAUGGGAAAUGUAUCUACUUCUGGAUUACCCGAACGCACAGCAUCCAGGAAGGUAAAAGAUAGAGCAGUUAAUAAAAGUAUAAGCAAGAAACAUGUGCCACAAGACCGAACUGAGGAAAAUCUACAGAAGACACAAAAGAAUUCUAUUAAAAACCACAAAAUCAGCCAAAAGCAUUACUCCAGUCAGCAUUAUCUUGCCUCCAACUGCACAGGUCUGAGGAAGUCCAAUCAAAGUUCGAUGUUUCAGUGCUUCAACACGAAUCUAUCAAAAUAUACUAAAACCAAAGAGUCAAAAUUAGGGAUUUUUAAUAAUUCUAAGCCUACUAGGACCACUAGAAAUCCUAAGAAGAACAAAUCUGUGAGUUAUUCUCAUUGUAGUCCAACACGUUUGUUUUCCAAAAUGGAGAAGAAAAAGGUACAUAAAAGAUCCCCAAAACAGCAUUUGAAUCAAUCGUAUAUUGUGAAAGAGGUUCGUCCGAUGACAAUAAAACAAGGAAGGACUGGUUCAAAUAGAAAACAUGCUUAUUCUUUCCAUCAAGAGAAUUCUAAAGCUCCGAUUGAAGAGUCUAAAAUAAACCAAAAUCCUAAUAUACAGUCCAAUAGAAGAUUACUGUAUUCAAGUCAUUUCAGCCAUAACCCUGCUACUCAAAGGCAACGUAUCAUAAAGAGAAACUUUGGUCAAAAACUGCUUAAAGUAAGAGAUGUUCAGGUGAAAACUCCGAAUAAAAUUAUGGACCUUUCACUGGUAAAAUCAUCAGAAAUACUGUCAAAAUAUACUAAAUUCUAUGCCAAGAAUACUGCUUCAAAAAGAAAGAGACAAAGAGAGCAGCCUUUUUGUAAGUGAGAUGAUGCUGGGGAUCAACCAGAGAUGAGAAGUACUGAGCAACAUUUUUAGAGACUGAGUGAAUACCUUUCUGGCUAGAUUGCAAAAAAAAGUAUUAUCCUUAGUCCAGUCUUUCCUCUUAUUGCACUAAAAAUCAUAAAUUAUUUAAAAUUUCAAAUUUA